CUCUUGAAGAAAAUGUUGCACUUGAAAAAAAAGAAUGUUGGGUACCAAAUAAGAGAAAUUUAUGUCGUAACUAUUUAAAAAAGUGUCAAUAUUUUAAAAACCAAUAUACUCAAGAAGAGCAAAAAGUAAUUCUUAGUUUAGAGGUUGCAAAAGAUCAUAAAUCAAUUCAACAAAAUUUUGUUAAUGAUAACAACGAUAAAAGCUCUUUACCUUUAAUUCAUUUAUUUACAUCCUAUCCAUCUACAUCUAGUUUAUCUAUAUCUUAUACACCCGUAUCUGAUUUAUCUAUAUCUCAUUCAUUUACCUCUGGUUUAUCUACAUCUCAUUUAUCUACAAAAACUACUAAGCAAUCAUUUUUAGAAAAUCUUGUAACAAAUUGGAUUGAAUUAUCUAAUCAAGAAAAUAGCUUUGAUAAUAAUCAUUCUGAUUUGAAUUUUUCUUUUGGUGGGCGCAAUAUUCAUCCUGCUGAUAACGAAGAAGCAAAAUAG